AUGAAAUUUUCCACAUCUGCUUUAUUAUUAACCAACACCGUUGCUAUUGCUUCCGCGUAUGAGAAUUUAGUAGCUGUCUCCAACGUUGAAGGUACUGCUGCUGCCCAAACCGCUGCUACCCAAGCAGCUGCUGUUGAUGGCCAAUACUCAUCUUUAGUUGCUGUUUCUAAUGUUGAAGGUCCUUUAACUACAGUUACUGCUGCUCAAACAUCUUUAGUUGCUGUCUCAAACGUUGAAGGUGUUUCUUCGACUGCUGAUGCUUCCGCUCAAGAAUAUGCUGUUGAACCAAGUACUACUGUCACAACUACCGAUUACCUAGGUAGAACCACCACUGAAGUUUUAUGGUAUCUACCAGAAACUUCCGUUGCCGUUGCCUCUGCUGUAUCUGGUGCUGAAACUAUUUCUUCAGCUGCUAACACUGACGCUGUCGUCAAAUCUGUCAAAUCUGCCGAAACCGAAAAAGCUACAUCCAGCCAAAUCGCUGCCUCUAACAAUGCUGAAGCUUUAACCAGUUCUAUUAGAAACUGGGAUGAAGCUCUAACUACUGUUACCGCUACUAACUCUGACGGUGUUGUCUACACUUCCAAGAUCUGGUGGUUACCAUCUACUUCUGAAACCGAAGCCACUGCCUCCAACGAUGAAGAUGCCGAAUACACCACCUCUUACUCCAAGUACGAAACUACUUACACUUCUACCUCCGAAAGUGAAUUAGAAACUAUCACAACUACCUUUUCCACUGCCAUCGUAAUGAGGGUUGCCUCUACAAACUCCACUGCUUCCGUUCACUCUAACGCCACCAAUGGUGCUUUCAAGAACGAAUAUGGUUUCGGUGCAGGUGCAGGUAUGGUCGCUUUAGCUGCAUUCUUAUUAUAG